AUGGCUAAUAGUGCACCAUGGCCCGUCCGUGUGGGCAUUUUUAAAUCAUCAGGGCAAUCUGAUUAUGAACCGGUUGUCCAGACACCAUCAUCCAAUGCAGUAACUGUGGAAUUUCCUAUCAGUCCACCGCCUAUGAAUGAGAAUAGAUCUCUCAAAACGAGCGACAUGGAGCAGCAGGAAUCUAAUAAAGCUGCAGCAACCACGAUGAAGCUCCAAAGUUCGGCUUUCAGUGCUGAACAAUCUGAAAUGUCCCAAGCUCUUCAGCGCAACACUAUGGCCAAUGGAGUCAUUAACCAAGAAAGUCAUUCUUCCUCGCAUUCGAAUAUAAAAAUGUCUUCUAAAACAGCUUCAAUAUUAACAGCUUCACAAAUGUCACAAUUGAUGAACGGUGGGAUGAAAGGUGAUGAGGAUAUGUUGGCACUUGGUUUUGGAGACUUGGAAAGACUAUGCACUGAUUCUAACCCGCAAGAUGUUGCGCAAGCGAUUUCGAAAUACUCACAUUAUUUAGAUACGUUUGUAAAAGGAUUGAGGAAAGGACAGCAAGCUAAAGCGCCAGGAGUUUUAGAUAAGAUUCACGAAAUUCUAAGGAGAGCUUGGGCUGUGCCAACUCACGGCCAUGAAUUAGGUUAUUCUUUAUGCAACGCGUUGAGAAAUAGCGGUGGCUUGGAUUUGCUGAUGACAAAUUGUAUAACGGAUGAUGAUGCUGUUAAAUUUUCUUCUGCUCAAUUAUUGGAACAAUGUCUUACAACGGAAAACCGGGCGCAUGUCGUAGAGAAUGGACUCGAAAAGGUUGUUAACGUGGCUUGUGUUUGCACAAAAAUGUCAAGCUCCGUGCAACAUUCAAGGGUUGGUACUGGUAUUUUGGAACAUUUAUUUAAACAUAGUGAAGGAACUUGCAGCGACGUUGUAAGAUUAGGCGGCUUAGACGCCGUUCUCUUUGAAUGCAGAAAAAACGAUGUGGACACCUUGCGCCACUGUGCAGGUGCAUUGGCCAACUUAUCUCUCUAUGGCGGCGCCGAGAAUCAGGAAGCAAUGAUCAAACGAAAAGUACCGAUGUGGUUAUUCCCUCUAGCUUUUCACAACGAUGACCAUAUUAAAUAUUAUGCUUGCUUAGCUAUUGCCGUUCUGGUCGCCAACAAAGAAAUUGAAGCAGCAGUGUUGAAAUCAGGAACUUUGGAUCUUGUAGAACCUUUUGUUACAUCUCAUAACCCAUCAGAAUUUGCAAAGUCAAAUUUAGCUCAUGCUCACGGUCAAAGUAAAUUUUGGCUUCAACGUUUAGUGCCAGUGCUGUCUUCAAAAAGAGAAGAAGCUAGAAAUUUGGCAGCUUUCCACUUUUGCAUGGAAGCAGGAAUCAAACAACAGCAGGGAAAUACAGAAAUAUUUAGAGAAAUCGGUGCCGUCGAACCUUUGAAAAAAGUAGCCAGUUGUCCAAAUGCUAUUGCGUCUAAAUAUGCAGCACAAGCUUUAAGACUCAUUGGCGAAGAAGUGCCCCAUAAAUUAUCGCAACAAGUACCACUUUGGUCCACUGAAGAUGUCAGAGAAUGGGUUAAACAAAUUGGAUUUGCUGAAUACGCUGAACACUUUGUGGAUUCAAGGAUGGAUGGCGAUUUAUUACUUCAAUUAACUGAAGAAAAUUUAAGGGAUGAUAUUGGCUUAACAAAUGGCAUAAGGCGGAGAAGAUUUACUCGCGAAUUACAAAAUUUGAAGAAAAUGGCAGAUUACAGUUCGAGAGAUCCGAGUAAUUUAAAUGCAUUUUUACAAAAUAUUGCUCCGGAGUUUAGUAUUUAUACAUAUUCCAUGCUCAAUGCUGGUGUAGAUAGAGAAUCAUUGAGAAAUUUGGAAGAGGAUCACUUAAUAGCCGAAUGUGGAAUCAAUAAUAGUAUUCACAGAUUACGGAUUUUGGAACAAUUGAAAAGUAGGUACGAUGUGGACACAACACCAGGAGCAACCGAAGUAAGCGUUGACAAAAAUUUAGAUGUUUUUGUUAGCUACAGGCGUUCCAAUGGUUCUCAACUUGCUAGUCUUUUGAAAGUCCAUCUCCAGUUGAGAGGGUUUUCCGUCUUUAUAGAUGUAGAAAGAUUAGAAGCCGGAAAGUUUGAUAAUAAUUUACUUCAAAGUAUAAGGCAUGCUAAGCAUUUUCUUUUGGUUUUAACACCCCAGGCGUUGGAAAGGUGUAAAGCGGACGUUGAAUGCAAAGAUUGGGUUCAUAGGGAAAUUGUUGCUGCAUUACAGUCUCAAUGCAAUAUAAUUCCGAUCAUCGACAACUUUACGUGGCCAGAGGCUGAAGAGUUACCAGAUGAUAUGCGCGCGGUUUGCCAUUUUAAUGGUGUCCGAUGGAUUCAUGAUUACCAAGACGCUUGCGUGGACAAACUUGAAAGGUUCAUGCGAGGAGAACUCAAUGCAAAUCGUUACAACAUGUCUGCAAUGUUAAGCAAAGGUGAUGUCACACCUGGAACACCAGCAUCUUCAGUAAACGUUCGACAUCCACCCAGUUAUCAACGAAUGCAUUCAAAUGAGAGCGCAAAAAGUGGUGACAAAGAUGGUGCUACUAAUGGAAGUGGAAAUAACUCCAACAACAGCGGCAACGGUGGCGGAGGUGGUAAAGAUUGACUAGAUGGCAGUAACAGAAUUAUCAGUCCAACAGUAUUCCGUCUACGCAAUUCUCCUAGUCCGUCACGUUCCUGGUUGACUAAUGGUCCGCCUAAGGUUCCAAGGCCAGCUCCAAGAACUUAUACUAGAAGAAGCUCAGCUAAUGCCUAUCCAUUAUCCCGCGAUG